CUCUGCUUGGAAGAGAUUGGAAGCAGGUGUGUCCAAAGGAUGGGAAGAGGAUUAUCAAUAAAUCACUUCCUUUUAAAUGAAGACCGCGCGCCUGCCGACCAACUCUUUCCUCCGGACAAAGCCGGCUCCCUUCUUUUUGCUCCUACUUUUCCCGCCCCUUGUCCUAAAACCGCCAAGCGACUGUCGCGCUUUCCUUCCCCAUCACUGCGCCUAUUGCGCAUGCACCUUCUUGAGGGCGGGGCUGAAGCCGAAGCCUGGUAAGCGGCGUCUGACAGAGCCGCGCAUCCUCUUUCACUCCCUGCCGGUUCAGGGAGAGCCCACGGUGGGUAUCUGACCAGAUCUUCUCCUCCUCCUCCGCCGCCGCCGCCACCACCACCUCCGCUAACUACGUUGUCGACGGCAGCCCCGGUUGGCCUAGUUUAUUCAUCGCAACCCCGACAUUUACUCUUCCUUUUCCUUCAUCGGAAGUACAUUUUCCUCCCUUUACCCCCUCCUCUUUUUUUUCUUUUUUCUGCGCCCAUUUUCUUUCUUCGCGCUCUCGCCCCUCGAUUUCCCCCCCCCUUCCUCUUUCGCAUCGCACAAUGCGGCUGAAAGGCCGGGGAUGCUGCACCCGGAGCGGAGGCAACGGCGAUGGGGAGGAAGGCAGCGGAGAAAGACGCGGGCCGCCCCCUCCGCCGAUGCGGAGUCCCUUCGUGCACCAGCUGCACUUCAGCGCCCUCCAGAAAGCAAAGGUCUCCAAACAAGUAUGCGUGUGUGCGCGCCCCCGCGAAGCAGCAGUUGCUUGCUACUGUCUGAGCCUGAGACCUCCACAAAACCUCUCGGGGCUGUAUUAACAGAGAUUGUCUUCAUGACCUUGACUCUGUUCCCCAUCCGGCUGUUUUUUGCUGCGUUUAUGAUGUUGCUGGCUUGGCCUUUUGCCUUCAUUGCCUCAAUUGGACCUGCUGAGAAACAGCUAGAAAAUCCUCUGUCAUGGUGGCGAAAAAUUAUUGAUAUCUUGCUGAAGGCAAUUAUGAGAACAAUGUGGCUUGCUGGUGGAUUUCAUUGGAUAAAUGUGAAGGGUAGACGGGCAUUGCCCACUGAAGCAGCAAUUCUGACCCUGGCUCCACAUUCAUCGUAUUUUGAUGCAAUACCAGUAACAAUGACUAUGGCUUCCAUUGUUAUGAAAGCUGAAAGCAAAGAUAUUCCUGUGUGGGGAACUUUAAUCAAAUAUAUUCGACCUGUGUUUGUAUCUCGAUCGGAUCAGGAUUCCCGCAGAAAAACUGUUGAUGAAAUAAGACGGCGUGCUCAGUCUAAUGGCAAAUGGCCACAGAUAAUGAUAUUCCCAGAAGGAACCUGCACUAAUCGAUCCUGCCUAAUUACAUUCAAACCUGGAGCGUUUAUCCCUGGAGUACCUGUGCAACCGGUGAUCUUACGUUAUCCAAACAAGCUGGAUACAAUUACAUGGACAUGGCAAGGUCCAGGAGCGUUGACGAUUCUGUGGCUUACCUUAUGUCAGUUUCAUAAUUUUGUGGAAAUUGAGUUCCUACCUGUGUACAUACCUUCAGAAGAGGAAAAGAAAAACCCAUCUUUAUAUGCGAACAAUGUGAGGCGUUUAAUGGCAGAGGCUUUAGGAAUUUCAGUAACAGACUAUACUUUUGAAGAUUGCCAGCUGGCUUUGGCUGAAGGACAACUCCAUCUCUCAUCAAAUACCUGUCUCUUAGAAUUUGCAAAACUUGUAAGAAAUCUUGGGUUAAAGCCAGAAAAACUUGAAAAAGAAUUUGAUGCAUACUCAGAAAGAGCUAGGAAAUUGAAAAACAAAAAAGUUACUCUCAAGGAAUUUGCAGAGUAUUUGGAAAUCCAAGUUUCAGAUAUGUUAGGAAACAUGUUUGCACUUUUUGAAGAGAAGGAAGAUGGCCUUAUUGACAUACGAGAAUAUGUAACCGCUUUGUCAGUAGUCUGUAGACCUUCUAAAACAUUGCAAACAAUGCAGUUGGCUUUUAAGAUGUAUCAAACAGAAACUGGUGGUAUAACAGAACAAGAUUUAACUUCCAUUCUGAAGAGCGUCAUGGGUGUUCCAGACCUUAAUGUGUCAAAUCUAUUUAAAGCUAUAGAUGAUAAAGAAAAAGGGGAAAUUGCAUAUGAUGAUUUCCAUUAUUUUACUGAAACAUUCCCAAACUUUGCUGAAGAGUACCUAUAUCCUGAUCAAGUGGAAUCUAAACAUUAUUUGGAAACUCCUGCUCCUAAUGGCUUCUGUGCAGAUUUCAGCCCAGAAAUUACUGAAAAUAGAAGAAAUUCCCUACAGAAAAAAAUGAAUUAAUAUUAAUAAUUUUGUCAUCCUCUUGUGGUGAGGGGAGUAUGUCCUAUCUGGGGCUUUUCAUAGUCACACAGCUAUAUAACCUGAAGUAUGUGAGAAGGCUGUAUGUGUGGAUGUGUGAAAAGGAAAGAAAGGUGUGUAUGAAUAUUUUACUGCAUUAAUGAGCAUCUUUGGCUUCCUAUUGGAAAGAUCACUUUUUCCAUCAGCAACUUGGAAAGUAAAGAAUGUAAACAAACUUUAAUUUGUAUACUUAAAAACAAGAUGCUUGCAUAUUUAUAUUCAUUGUUUGAGUUCAUGUACAAACUGUCCUACCAAGUGUGCAUGUGAAAAAAAAAUACUGUAGCUCCUAUGGUGUCAAGUGCACUUCGGUGAUUAGUGUUAUCCCUAUUUAGGGAAUUCUUUGUGGGCCAGAUUCUGCUUUCCUUUUUUACAAGGCAACAUUGACUGCUACUGUCAAUGGCCUUCAGAGCAAGAUAAGCUCAGUUUCACCUUUUUCAUUGUAAUCUAGUAGGUAGGUAGCUAAAGAGGAAAAAAGUAUGCAAAAAUUGUUUUUAUUGUGUUUCCUUGUAGGAUGGCCUCUUUUGAACUUUUCAAUCCAUCUUGAUCUCAAAAAGAACAAGGGAAGUUGUCAGGAUUGUGUGCAUUUUGUGCUAAAACCCCAGAUUUUAGCACAGAAACACAGAUUUUAUACUUUAGAAAAGCUGAAUUCCAAAGUCUGUCUCAAUCUUAUGAAUUGGUUAUAUUUCUGCAUUUCAUGUUAAUUGGCUCAUGGAUAAAAGAAGGUGAACAAAGGCGAAAAAAAUGGAUGCAGACCUAAGAAACACUGCCUCUGACAAUUGGAAAUUCAGACCGUUCUCCUCAGCCUUAAGAUCUAGAAACAUGCCUUUUUAAAGUUUAAAAUUCUCAGGAUAGCAAAAUCUGCACUUAAAUUAGAAUUUCUAUAUUUCUGGGUGGGUCAUGGAAUACACACAGCCUUGCUAUUUCCCUGUCUUCUCUGUCACUGCUGCAUUUGCAUGUUCUGGGCAAUGAUAAUUAAACAAGGGUCAUUUAAAAAGCAGUUUUAAUGGCUUUUUGCACAGAAUGAAAUUUUGUAUUAGAUUGAACAGGCAUAAAAUAAACUUGCUCUAUUAUAAUUUCUUAAUAUUCAUCAUAUGGCUUCUUACAGGUCACCAGUUUUAGCUAUAUAAUUUUGAGUGAAAGUAUAUAUUUUUUUGGUACUAUAUUUGUUUUUUUUUAUAUAAUUCCUGACUUUGUAACUACUUUUCAUUGAAAAAUUGCAGGUUUGCAAAAAAAAAUUUAAUACAGCUAUUCUAGAAAUGAAUUUCAGUCUCAAAAUGGAAGUGUGAUAAGGUCAGAAUGGGCUUGUUUCAGAGUCAGAGCAACUGUUUCAAACUCAGAAUAGAGUUUUAAGCUAAAAAGAUUUCAAAUUCAAGUUAACUUUGCACUCGAUACCUCUAGUGAAAACCUAGUGUCCUGGUUAUCACAAGACAUAAUGUUAGUGCUGUUUACUACACCUUUACAUAAAAAUUGGCUUACUGGCUAAUUACCUUUUGUAUAUGAAUCUUUUUCCUUCCAUAACCAAUAGGAUUAUAUAAUUUUGAGUAACUUCAGAUUAUACAUAUUUCUUUUUAAUGUGAUCAUAUGUUUAUUAAAUCCUGAAAAAUACAUAUACAUUGCUUUCAUCUAGUCUUAAAAAAACUUUAUAAAAUUUUUCUUUCCCUCUUAAUCUAGUCCAGUGUUUCUCAACCUGUGGGUCGGGACCCCAUUUGGGGUUGAACGACCA